AGGUUUUGACACACAAACAAGUACACAACUCCAGCGGCUGAAACCUAAGAAGCUCUGCUCUUCUUCCAAACUGGUUUUUGAGUUAGUGAAUUUCUUGCCUGUAACGAUUCUCCGUAACGGCUCUCUGCAACUUUGCUACCUACCUCUCUGGUGAUCCAUCUCCUCUCUCACCUCAAGCAGCGUCAGUUAGGACUCGAACCAGACCUGCUUUUGCGGUUGGGAACUUAGGUUUAUCGGAGUUCCAGAACAGAAAUCUGCGGAGGGAGAAUAUUGUAAGGUCAGUUUAUGAAAAAAUAGAAGCACUUUGAAGCAACAAGUAAAGGAGAAACUUCGGUUUAAAAUAAUGGCAGCAAUAAAUCCAAACCAAUAUCCAAACCGAUUUAGCUUUCUGAUCAGGCGAUGAGUUUAAUUUCUCAAAAUGCACUUCCAAAAAAAAGUGUUGAUAAGGUUGAAAAGCAGGAGUCCAAAGAGCCUGUAUUUUUGGAAGGGAAUGAAGAAACUGAAGUUACAAAAGAACCCAACUCUGAUGGCUUCAAGAAUAAAAAGAGAAAGAAAGAGAAAAAUGAAGAUGAGAAGCAGUUAGAGAUUGUGCAGGAAAAGGAAAUGAAGAGGCUGGAGAACUUCUUGUUCGGGUCUCUAUACUCUCCAGUUGUAUAUGGAAAGGAAGAUGAGGAAGAAGUGAGAGAUUUUACUGAUGGGGGUCCUGCUUUGUUCUUUACAGAUCGAUCUGCAGAUGAGGUAGUAUCAGCUUAUGAGAAGGAGGUGGAAUUUCAGAAGGAGAGCAAUGAUGAAGUAGAAGCAAUGGAGAGGAAACCUGCAUGGGUGGAUGAAGAGGAGGAAAAGACAACUGUAGAUAUCGUGAAAGUUAACAGACUGAGGAAAUUGAGGAAGACAGAUGAUGAGCGUUUGAUUUCUGGUUCAGAUUAUGUGUCAAGGUUGAGGGCUCAGCAUGCCAAGCUGAACCCAGGGACAGAGUGGGCCCAACUUGUCCCACGAUCAGGUAAUUAUGAUCCUUCUGAUGAUGAAUCAGAUGAAGAAAAUGGUGUCAUGAUAGCCCAGGGUUACAAGAAUAUUGAAGCCGAUGAUGAUAUCCUUCGGUCAAAUGAAGACCUUGUUGUGAAGAAUGGUGCAAAGUUGUUACCUGGAUUACUGGAGUACUCGAGAUUGGUAAAUGCAAAUGCCAUGGAUCCCUCCAGUGGCCCCAUUAAUUCAGUUCAAUUCCACAGAAAUGCUCAGUUGUUACUUGCUGCUGGAUUAGAUCGAAGGCUAAGAUUUUUCCAGAUUGAUGGGAAACGGAACACUAAGAUACAAAGCAUCUUCCUCGAGGAUUGUCCCAUUCGCAGAGCUGUUUUCUUACCUGAUGGGUCCCAGGUUAUUGCUGGGGGAAGGCGUAAGUUCUUUUACAGUGUUGAUUUGGUGAAAGCAAGUGUUGAUAAGAUAGGACCUUUAACAGGCAGGGAGGAGAAAAGCUUGGAAGUUUUUGAGGUAUCCCCUGAUUCUAGUACUAUUGCUUUUUUGGGUAAUGAAGGUUAUAUUGUCUUGGUUUCAACGAAAACAAAAGAGCUGAUUGGCACGCUGAAGAUGAAUGGAACUGCUCGAGCUUUGGCUUUUGCUGAUGAUGGAAGGCAACUGUUGAGUUUUGGUGGGGAUGGGCAUGUCUACCACUGGGACUUGCGAAGGAGGACAUGCAUUCAUAAAGGUGUCGACGAAGGUUGUGUCUAUGGUUCAGCUCUUUGUACCUCUCCAAAUGGAAGUCUUUUUGCAGCAGGUUCAGAAAGUGGGAUUGUCAAUAUUUACAACAGAGAAGAUUUCUUAGGGAACAAAAGAAAACCAAUCAAGACUGUUGAGAAUUUAACUACUGCGGUGGAUUAUUUAAAAUUCAAUAAUGAUGCUCAGAUAUUGGCUAUUUGCUCAACUAUGCAGAAGAAUAGCUUAAAGCUAAUUCACGUUCCAUCUUUCACUGUAUUUUCCAACUGGCCCCCACCGAAUAAGACUCUGCAUUAUCCUAGAUGUUUAGAUUUCAGUCCUGGUGGAGGUUUCAUGGCCAUGGGAAACGCUGCAGGGAAAGUUUUCUUGUACAAGUUGCAUCAUUACCAACAUGCAUAGAGUGAUGGGAAUGUAAUAGGAACAUCUCAGCUGUCUUUUACGUGGCAUUGGCAUGCAUAGAGUGAUGGGAAUGUAAUCUGAACAUCUCAGCUGUCCUUUAUGUGGCAUUGGUAUUCCAGAUGCCAAAUUUGAAAAGCUGGGCAAAGUUCAUAGAGUGGUGGUAAUCUGACUGCUUGCCCUUCAUUGGUAUGUGAGAUGCCAAAAGUUUGUGACAACUGUUUUAGGUCCUAGCAGAGUAUCAAUUUUUGUUGUAGGAGGAUUAUGUGUGGUAAUUAUUAUUUAGCUUACCUUGAACUUUUAGAUUUUGUUUUUAUCAAAGAGUUCAUUGUUUCUUUUUGCUACUCCUGUUACUUUGUAUGGUGGCAUUAUUAUGAGGGAGAUAAUAAUGAGCGUCUCCAGUAAUUGAUUUGGGUGAGAAUAUUUUUUUA